AUGAAAGAGGCGACGGCGAAGAGACGAGAGAAACCGAAGGAGAAAAACACCUCAGAGCCGCAGGAUGUGGAGAUGAAGGAGGAGGAGCAGCGCGGGGCCCGGGAACUGGACCAGACCACUCUGGACGAUCUGCUCACAGCUGCAGUAAGACUGGAAAACCUGCGGGUGGUGAAGACGAGCACCACCUCCAUCAUCGUCCAAUGGGAGAAGGCGCAGGGUGAGAUUGACAGGUACGUCCUCUCUGUUGCACCCAAUCAGACGGACGGAUCGAGUGGCCCCCGGGAAAUGGCCCUCCCCCCAGAAAGAGACUCUGCCCAGAUUGAGGGCCUGCACGCGGGCCGCCUGUAUGAGGUGGCGGUGGUGGCGGAGCGUGGCUCGACCCGGAGCCUGCCAGCCAGAGCUCAGGCCACUCCUGGUCCGGAGCCUCCGUCUGCUCUGCUGUUCAGUGAUGUGACCGACAGCUCCUUCACCGUUUCCUGGAAAAAACCCAAGAGCAAAGUGUCUGGAUUCAAGAUCACACACACACAUGUGCAGGAAGGUGAGCCCAUCUCUGUCAGUGUGGACUCAGAAACUCUGCGUCUGGAUCUGUCCUCCAGGGCUCCGGGCUCCACAUAUGAGGUGCGGGUGAUGUCGGUGCUCGGGCAGGAUGAGAGUGACCCCAUCACAGACAGCGUCACCACCCUGCCGGACGCUCCCACACACCUGCAGGCCAUCAAUGUGACGGACAGUAAAGCUCUGCUGAUCUGGAGACCUGCUCUGGCCACUGUAGACCACUACAGGAUCAUCUACAGUCCUGAGGCAGCUCCAGACUCUGCCGUCUCCAUCAGUGUGUCGGGGAACGCAGCGCAGCAUCACCUGCAGUCGCUCCACUCCUCCACCCGUUACACCGUCAGCAUCAGCAGCCGGCGGGGGGAGCAGAGCAGCUCCAGCAGCAGCACAGCCUUCAGCACCACCAGCGGUGCUGGAUGGGCAGAGGAUGGUCCCCGUGACCUGAAGGCCACACAGGUGACCCCCCGCAGUGCAGUGUUGUCAUGGAGACCACCUGAAUCUCCCAUCAGCGGAUACAGGCUGAGCUACUACACUGACCAGCAGGACAAGAAGGAGCUGGUUCUUGAUGCUGGGGUCUCAGAGCUGCAUCUGCGCCGUCUCGUGCCCUCAUCAGUGUACACUGCGCAGCUGCAGGCGGAGAGAGCAGGACUGCACACACACACCGUCCACACACACUUCACCACCGGGAGUCUCCGCUUCCCCUUCCCCACAGACUGCUCUCAGGAGCGGCAGAAUGGAGCGCUGGAGUCCGGCCCGGUGGAGGUGUUCCCGCAGGGGAGAUCCGGCCGUCCGCUGAGGGUGUACUGCGACAUGGAGACUGACGGAGGAGGCUGGACAGUGUUUCAGAGAAGAAAAGAUGGACAGACAAACUUCUUCAGGCGCUGGAGGGAAUACAGCAGCGGCUUCGGGACGCUGGACGGAGAGUUCUGGAUGGGGAAUGAGCUGCUCCAUAACUUCACCCAGUCUGUGCCGAUGGAGCUGCGUGUGGAUCUGCGGGCGGGGGCAGAGUCAGCGUUCGCUCAAUACUCCUCCUUCACCAUCGACACCGCCAAGAGGCACUACACACUGCGCAUCGCAGGAUACUCGGGCACCGCCGGAGACUCUCUGUCGUACCACAGCGGUCGGCCAUUCUCUGCGCGGGACAGAGACCCUCGACCCUUCAUCACCCGCUGCGCCAUGUCCUACAGGGGUGGAUGGUGGUACAAGAACUGCCACGAGGCCAACCUGAACGGCCUGUACAACACCAGCUCCAACCACCAGGGCGUGAUCUGGACCGCGUGGAAAGGCCAGGAUUUCUCCAUUCCCUUCACUGAGAUGAAGUUCCGGCCGGCUUCAUUCAAGCCCUGAAGCUGAAACACUGAACAUCUGAACUAUCCACACCAGCGCAACACACAGACGGUUCCCCUGCAGUGUGUGUGUUGAAUUGUACAGUUUCUAUUUUCAGUGUUAAUGUGGAGUCUGUGGUGUAUUUCAGACUCAGAGUGAUUUCAGUAAAGGAAAGCAGAGUUUAUCUGUCAGAUUCAGUGGUCUGUUAGUGAUAUAUGUGUAUAUUAAAGAUCUAGAUAAGAGCAAAACCGCAUCAUUCUGAGCAGAAUGUUGUUUCUUACAUGAUAAAACUGACGGAAAACAGUGCAGUGAAGUAAAACAGCAGAAUAAGAGUGCUCAGAGACAUUAUUAUAGCGUUCAUAAGCUCACAGACGGUCAAUAAUCUGCAUCUCUCAGCUUUUACAGUGAGUAAAGGAGGUGUUCAGUGUUCAGACAGCGCUCUGAGUGUGUGUGUGUGUGUGUGUGUGUGUGUGUGUGUGUAUCUUCUGUUUUCCUCUAAAGCUUCAUCACAGAAUAUUGAUGGUGAAAGUAUAUCAGGUCUUUAUAUUAGCGUUUUAUAUUUUUGCAAGAAAUUAUCUUAGUAUAAUCUGUGUUUAAGACUCUUUACAGCAACACCGUCUACUACACCACGCUUCAGCAAUAAAGGACUUUAACACAGUAAA